CUCAAUUCGCCGCCACAACUCACGCUUCCUGCGAGCUGAGCGGUCGUCCCGCGGAAAGCCAGUGUUUGCUGUAUUUUUUUGCAUGGAUAACGAAGGAGAGUUGGUUCACUAGCAUUGCAAGCAGUGAAUCAUUUGAAUGCGGAAACAAGUUAGCGGAAUAAUGCUAUUGUGACAGAGCCUUUUCGCAGCCCAAACUGUCGCAUCUUUCACCAUUGCCAAGUGCAUUCAACCAAGCCAAACAGGAAGAAAAUGAGUUUCUUUUGUGAUUGGAAGCCUUUGGUCCAACCCAUUGUUGAUGAAAUAUGUAAUCAAGGAAUUUCUAUAGAAGAAAAGGUAAAUGAAAAGAUAAAGGAGGAGAAUGAUUUGGAAAUUAAGGAAGAAAGUUUAGACUAUGAAGUGAGUGAUGGAAACCCAAAAUACAAUUAUCAAGUAUAUAUGGGAGAAAAGGGCAUUAACGAGGAAGAAAAUGGGAAAUUAUAUAAAAUGAUAAAAGACAGUAAUGAUGCAUUGAUGGCAGCACCACUUGUGGCUGAUCGUUGUGAUAGCUUACACCCCUCAGACAGUGACCAGACAAGCCACGAGGAAGGUGAGGCUUGUUCUCAAAUAGUUAAAAUAGUUGAGCGUAAUAGAGCACAUAGAAAGAAGACUCACAUAUGUGAGAUGUGCAGUAGAGUAUAUGCAUCAAAACGCACAUUAAAUAACCACAUAAGAGAAAAACAUACAAAAGAGAAACCAUAUAAGUGUAAGGCUUGCAACAAGACUUUCACAAUGAACAUGAAGCUGUUGAUACACCGGAGAAUGGAAUGUGAGUACUUUUGCUCAUUCGGUAAUAAUCAGACACUUAAGGAUGGCAGUAAAGAGGGGAUGUCUAAAAAUGUGCCUGAAGCAUGGAAAUGCUUCACUUGUGAAGUAUGUGGUAAGAAAUUCCCCUUUAAACCAAGGCUGUUGGCUCAUAUGAGGAUUCAUACAAAAGAGAAGCCUUUUAAAUGUAAGAUAUGUGAUACACCAUUUGCUAGGAAAGCUGAUAUAAGUAACCACAUGAAGACACAUACAAAGGAAAGACCUUACAUAUGUGGCACAUGCAGUAGAGGAUUCUCCAGGAAAUCUCAUCUAGAGAUACACAUCAAAACAGUACAUCUAAAAGAGAGGCCAUACAAUUGUGAGAUUUGUAAUAAGAGCUACUUUCAGAAUUCAUCUCUAAAGGAGCACAUGCUAACUCAUACAGAAAAGGAUCCCUUUAAGUGUGAGAUUUGCCAUAAAAAUUUCACGACCAAAUCUAGUGUGAAGCAUCAUAUGGAAGUACAUGCAGGAGUUAAGCCAUUUAAUUGUGAUAUUUGCAGCAAGGCUUUCUUGCGAAAAACUACACUAAAGGUACACAUGAGACUACACACUGGAGAGAAGCCCUACACCUGUAAUGUAUGUAACAAGUCAUUUAGAGCUCACUAUACUUUAAUUAAACACAGUAGACUGCAUACUAGAGAGAAACAGAAUGAAAUGAGUUUCUUUUGUGAUUGGAAGCUUUUAGUCCAACCCAUUGUUGAUGAAAUAUGUAAUCAAGGAAUUUCUAUAGAAGAAAAGGUAAAUGAAAAGAUAAAGGAAGAGAAUGAUUUUGAAAUUAAGGAAGAAAGUUUAGACUACGAAGUGAGCGAUGGAAACCCAAAAUACAAUUAUCAAGUAUAUAUGGGAGAAAAGGGCAUUAACGAGGAAGAAAAUGGGAAAUUAUAUAAAAUGAUAAAAGACAGUAAUGAUGUAUUGGUGACAGCACCACUUGUGGCUGAUCGUUGUGAUAGCUUACACCCAUCAGACAGUGACCAGACAAGCAACAAGGAAGAUUACAUAACUACAUUUAGAGCUCACUAUAUUUUAAUUAAACACAGUAGACUGCAUACUAGAGAGAAACAAGGUACAUUAGAGAGGUUACUGUUAGUUGAGAUGUUUUUUACAAGAUAUAUUUUCUGUUAUGAAAAUUGCGUGUCUUGUGAUCUGAACCAUGUCGGGGCAGCUCUUUUUACAUCUUCAACUGAUGGAAAAUUGGCAUCUUUCUAUGAUUUUUUCAACUCUGGAAACAAAAAGAAGUCGGAUGGGGCUAACUCAGGGCUAAAAGUUUCAGAGUCCUCAUCCCACUUAUACAAAAUUUCCAUUGAAAAAUCUGCCCUUGUUUGUUGGCGGAAAGCUUGCGUAAUCCCAAACUCUCCACAAGAAUUGUAUGUGCAGAACUUGUUUCAGCGCGUCAAUGAUUUGCCUAUUCUCCCAACCGAGUUUCACCAUGAACUUUUGCCACUUGUGACUGAGAAUUGUGAUGCCAUACGCUUAUCAAAUAGCAACAAGACACUCCACAAGGAAGGAGAGGAGGCAACAUGCCAAAAGGCUUGUUCUCAAGAAGCUGAGACAAAGAAGCCUAUUACAGAGAAGACAUAUAAGUGUGAGGCUUGCAACGAGGCUUUUACAGUCAACAUGAAGCUAGUGAUACACAGGAGAAUGGAAUGCGAGAAGAUACGUUCAUGGGAAAAUAAUGAGACACCUGAGGAUGGCAGUAAUGAGAAGAUGUCCAAAAAGGUGCCCGCAAUGUGGAAAUGCUUCACUUGUGAAGUAUGUGGUAUGAAAUUCCCUUUUAAACCUAGGCUGUUGGCUCACAUGAGGAUUCAUACAAAGGAGAAGCCUUUUAAAUGUGAGGUAUAUGAUACACCAUUUGCUAGGAAACCAGACUUAUUGAACCACAUGAAAACACAUACAAAGGAAAAACCUUUUGUAUGUGAUACAUGCAGUAAAGGAUUCUCCAGGAAAAGUUUUCUUAAGACACAUAUCAGAGAAGUGCAUUUCAAGGAGAGGCCUUACAAGUGUGAGAUAUGUAAUAAGAGCUUCUCUCGGAGUACAUAUGUAAGGCAACACAUGUUAACUCACACAGAAAAGGAUCCCUUUAAGUGUCAGAUUUGUCACAAAACUUUCUCGCUCAAGCAUUAUCUGAAGGAUCACUUGAGAAGACAUGCAUGGGUCAAGCCAUUUGUCUGCGAUGUAUGCAGAAAGGCUUUCUUUACCAAAACAGUGCUAGAGGUACACAUGAGAGUACAUACAGGGGAGAAGCCCUAUACCUGUGAACUAUGCAAUAAGUCAUUUGCAGCAAAGUAUACUUUGAUAAAACACAGUAGAAUACAUACUAGAGAGAAACAGUAAGUAAGAGGAAUUACGAUAGUCUUUAAUAGUCCAUCAUAGUGUAAACUUUAUAAAUGUAUUUCUGACUGAUCUUUGAACAUUUCUUUUAAGGUUGUAAGGUUAGAGUUUUAUGUACUAGAUAAUUCUGUUAUGAAGUAG